AUAACAGUGGGCUUUUGCUUCUGAAACUGCGGCACAUAUUUCAUCUUCCUGUGACCACCACUAAGUAUACUUGCAACUUGUCUCUAAAGACUGUUUUUGUCAGCUUCAAAAAACAUUGUGUUGUAAUUACUUAAAUCUUGUGGCACUGGUGUUUCUUUUUUUGUCUCGCGACGCUCUCUACUUUUUUGGUUAUUGCAAAAUUAUUUGGUUAUUAUUUAUUUGGCUGUUAUCAUCCUUCGGUAAUAGUACAAACCCACUACGAAUGAUGGACAACAAUUUAACUGGAGGUUGUAGGAAGAAACAUAUACAUAAAUACAAAGUAAGAAGACUGUUAAAGAAAAAGAAUGUGUAAAUGAGUGGUGAGCCUAGCAAAAGCAUAAGAAACAAGCUUUAAAGAGCUUGACAAAAUGCAAAGGAAAGAAAUGACAAAGGAAGUUUUACAAAUUUUGUGUACAAAUUAUAUAAAUACAGACCUCAAGAGAGCAACAAAUAAUGGGAAAUAUAAAGAGUCAUUAAAAUAGGAAAACAUUAAUACACAAGGUAACCUAUGCUUAAAGGCAAACAUUGCCUUCUUUUUGUUCAGAUACUUUGUCACCAUUUCGGACACCUACAAAUUGGAUUACUUAGACUUUUUUUUUUUUUUUUUUUGCCGUCUGCUCCUAAAUAAGGAAGUCCCAACUAGGUGAAAUGUUCUAGAGCUGGACAUUUUACAUGCAAUAAGUGCAUACUGUACUAUUGCUGGAAUGUGCUACGAAGAAAAAGAGAUAGCCGGGUGAAAGCAAUUAUCUCUGGUAUCUUUCAUUUUCAAAAAAACAUUUCUUUGCUACACCGUCCUUUUCAUGGCCUAUUCCCUGUAGUGAGUUGAGCUAUAACCCCAAGUACCAAACCAAGAUAAAGCUUGAAGCAUCCCUCACGAAAUCAUUCUUUUGGGUUUUCUGUCUGCAUAUUUACCCGCACAGGUCUGGUUCGGUGCCUGGAGAUUUGAUGCAUUUUCUGUAAUGCGGACAAAGCAAUAGAUCACUUUUUUUUUUGCCAUGCCACUUCUUUACUGUAUCAAGAAAAAGAAUCUUUGAAAUCCUCUUUUGCAGAAUUGGCCUGGAUCUGACAAUUCUUGUUAUCCUUUCAUUCGAAGCUUCAACUCUCGGGUAGAGUCACAAGGAUGUUUGCACCACCAUCCAGGAUUUUAUUAUUGAUUCCAAGUGAAAGUCCAGUUAAAAUUUGCUUCCUUAAUUAUUUUUCUUUGUUUCUUUCGGUGCAUUUCAAUUUGGGCUACAUCACUCAGUUUAACUCGUGCAUCUGUAAGAAGGAACUUACCCUUUCGUACAAAUUGGCAAGUUAAAUUUAACUUCUAUGGUCCUUAGAUUUAGCCACCAAAGUAUUGGCCAAUCCCCCAUAGUGGGUAUGAGCCAUGAGUUGAGAGGAAAACAACAACGGCCUCACCAGCCAUGGUGUCUGCUUCACGGCAGUGUGCGUUGCAAGCCACAAUGGCGUAGGCCUUGGAGAGUGCGUUGUCGCACUGCAGCCUCACCGGCCACGAACAUGGAAGUUGAAGACCCCAUGGUGGCCCCUGCGGAUGACUGUCGCCUAGUGCUGGGCUCGUCUCUGAACGCUGCCAAAGCAGCUUCAGCACUGACAGUCAGUGUAGACAAUCCAGGGGUACACUUUAAAAGGUUCUGCCGGUGUGGUCUCCAAAGGCCAGCCUUCCCGGAUGUGGAAAUAGGUGAUCCUGGCUUCAUCCAGGACCUACACACCAAGAAACGCAACCAGAAGCUGAUGGUGCUCAUUCUUACAGUGGCCUGCAUCGUAAACCUGGCUGUCACAGGCAUUGGCAUAGCCUACUUGCGGCUGCACUUUGCACAGGAGGACAUCCUGUCUAUCGAUGAAGUGUCACCGGAUGCCAGGCGGGACAAAGUGGAAGCUGCCAGUUUGUACAGCCACAUCAAAGCCAUGAUCAAAAGAAGAGUGAAGGCACCCAUAAGCACAAAACUAACAUCAGCAACACCAGGCUACAAGCCAAAGCACAGGCAAAGAACGCGGUGGACACCCCGCUUUCACUUCCCGACCCUUCCAUGGUUCAAAAGUGUCACCACAAGCAUGGCGCCCAAGAUCUUCAAGGCACCUUCUGGUUACUCUUUGACAUGAGCUGUCAGUUGGCUUGCCCUUGGAACUGUACACAGCCAUCUCAUAUACACAGCCAGCUGAAAAUGGCUGAAAUGAGAAGCGAGUGCCAUUACACGGCACUUGGGCUAAACAAUUAGUCAGUACUGCGCAUCAUCAAGAUGUCUGCUGCCCGUUGUGUGGCUCAUGUUUAUCAUCCCAUUGCUGCUUUAUCAACCUAGCUUAUGCAUCCCACGUUGUGCUACAUUAGCACGGACUCUUGCAAAGUAUCAUGUGGCCUUGCAAAAUACAAAUUAUGAAAGCUUUGUUGCAAUUUUCUUGCCUUGUUACCUAUACUUAGGUCACCACGCAAAUAUAUGUUCCGAGGUGAAAUAGGCAUGCUUUCUUUGUAAGUUUUUACUGCUUAAGUUAGGGAACACGUAAAAGUGAAGAACUGGAAGAAAAGGAAUUGGCUGUUAGUGGACUCUCUCUUUCUUGCCGUAUUAUCUGACAUAUAACUUUCUAAUGGCAUUGGAAAUGUCAGUGAUAGUCGCAUGUCUUCCUCUUUAUAUGCUAGUUGCUCGUUUAACUUUUGUCACUUGAACACUACUCUCCAAAAAGCUCUUGUGGAGACUUGGACGGGCACAUACAAUAAAUGUUUUUCGAGAAAUUGGAUUAUCAGCGGGGCGUUAGUAUUAAUGCAAAGCGAACGCUCCAGGAAUGUUAGCUCGAAUCACUUUCCGCGCCUUGAUCAGGCAACCAAGGCAACU